CUGCGUUAUAGCUCGGCUGUUAAGUAAAGGUUAAUUAUUAGAGAAGAUGUUUGCUGAGUUUCAGUGACGUCACAUGAUGCUCCGACAGUGAAGUGAAAGUGAGCAGAUCUGCUUUGCUUCAGUGCAGAAUGAAGCUCAGGGUGAGAAUCCACAAACAGAGCAGCAGACUGGAGCUGGACGGACCAGAACCGACGCUGUCCGAGCUCAGAGCCCGGGUCAGAGACGCCCUGCUGCCUCGGUGCGGACUGGGGGCUGAUGUGGAGUUCAGUCUGUCUCUGAACGGAAAGGAGGUUCUGUUGGACACGGGACAGACGCUCUCCUCGUGUGGGGUUGUUUCUGGUGAUAUGAUCACUGUGAUUUUGCCUGAGCAAAUACAAACUGCCCCAGAACCCCCGAGCGGAGCAGGAGGCGCAGCCGCAUCCAGUGAGGAGGCUGAAGCCAGCGGUGGCGGUGGAUCGGACAGCAGCAGUGUGAGGGAUUCUGGGAUGGAGGAGUGGAUGGAGGAUGAGGCGGGUGUGUCUCCGCCGCUGCUGUGCUGUGAGACGGAGGAUGGAGUGAUUCCUCACGCGCUGGAGCGACUGCUGAACUCGUCGAGCUGCAGAAACCCGACUGACUGUCUGAUGCUGACGGUGCAUCUGCUGCUGCUGGAGACCGGCUUCCUGCCGCAGGGUUGUAAUGUGAACUCAGGAGAGAUGCCGAUUGGCUGGCGGGCGGCAGGGUGCGUGUACAGACUUCACUAUGCCCACCCACUUCUGGAGAACAGCCUGGUGUCAGCGGUCGCCGUGCCGAUGGGCCGAACGCUCGUCAUUAAUGCUGUUCUUAAGAUGGACAAGUCUAUGGAGAAUUCACGCAAGCUGGUGCUGAAACCAGAUGAUUAUGUGACUGCUGAUUGGGCAGGUGGCUGCACAGGCGUGGUCUACACAGACUUGCGCAGACUGUCUCGUCUCUUUAAAGAUCAGCUGGUGUAUCCGCUCAUGGCCGCUGCCAGACAGGCGCUGGGUCUGCCGGCUCUCUUCGGUCUGGCUGUUCUUCCUCCUGAGCUGCUGUUGCGUGUUUUACGGCUGCUGGACGUCGUCGUGUUGAGGCAAGGUCCCCACAAUGUCAAAAAUUUCAGGUUUUACAAUCCUUGUGGGGACAUGUGGUCCCCUCAAUGUAGCAUAAAGUACACACACACACACACACACACACCAGACAGCGUGUGUACUGAUGAAGUGUCAGUAAUGCGAGUGUUGUGUUGUUUUGCAGUGUGUUUUCCUGCAGGAAAUCAACACCGAGACACUGACUGGAAGGAGCUUUACAAAAAGAAGCUUAAGCAGAGGAAGGAGAAUGAGCGCAGGGGCAGAUGCCGCUUUUUCCCGCCUCACGUGCCUCCGAUUUUCCCGCUCACCCCCAUCCCGUCCGCUCCGCUUCCUCUUCCUCUUCCUCUCUAUCCUCCCGGCAUCAUCGGCGGAGAUUACGACCAGGCGCCCGUCAUCCUGCCCCGCCCACGCUUCGACCCCAUUGGCCCGCUCCCGGGUCACCUGCCAGGAUUGGGCGUUCCCAUUGGCCGACGGAGCCUGAGGCCGGGAGGAAGUCGCCCGGCGGACGUCAGGAGAGGUUUCAUUUGAACACUUAAAUGCUUGUUUUUCCAAACAGGGAGAGGUCCAAUUAUUUUGAUGGCCUGAUGUUUUUGUUCUUCGUUAAUUAAAGCAUUCCUGGGACAUUCGGACUGACAAACACACUGCAAAGAUUCAUUACAGGAAUAAUUCACCCAAAAACAUUACAAAUGAUGCAUUAUAGAGCAAGAUGUGUUUAAGGCAUAAACAACAUUCAAUAAAAAGUUUGAUUGCUUUGUCAAAUCUGAGAUUA